CUCUAUUAUUUUCAGUACAGAAUUAAUGGUUAUCACAUAAAACGAUUUAAAAAAGCGAAACAAAAAAAAUAUUCGCAACAGAAAAGAGAAAAAAAUCUCUCUUAUUUAUGAUUUUCGUUUGGUUAGAUUGAGUUAAAUUGAAUUUUUUUAUUUGUAUUUUCUACAGAGUCAGAGUCAAUGGUGACGAUGAGCCUUGUUUCGGCCGGUGGCCACCGGUUCCCUACGGGCCCGUGUUUAACGCCCACCGUAAGAAGAAGAGGUGGCAGAGUAAGAGCAGCUCUGGUGGAAGCAAGACCCAAAGCGAUGCCACCCCUCAGAGAUAUUACUUUAGCAAAAGCUGGAGAUCGAGUUGAUGACUUGCAGGCUGAGGCAAGAGCCAUGGCUCGUGCUGCCAACGCCUCCACCUACAGCCCCGAGCUUCUUGCACUUAAAUACGGCUCCAAGCCCAUCAAGGUAUUGCGGAGGACUCUUAACAUUUUGAUAGCUCUUGGUUCAUUUGGCUUGGAACUAUGGCUGGACCAGAGGAAUGGGGUGUUUGAUCAAAAUAAGAGAAGGCGAGCUAUUGAACUCAGGAAAAUUUUCACUCAAUUAGGACCUACUUUUGUCAAGUUAGGGCAGGGAUUAUCUACUAGACCUGACAUAUGCCCUUCUGAGUAUCUUGAGGAACUUUCAGAGCUUCAGGAUGCAUUGCCUACAUUCGCUGAUGCAGAAGCAUUGUCAUGCAUUGAGGAAGAGUUGGGGCUACCACUUGAUGCGAUUUUUUCAUCCAUGUCCCCAUCUCCUAUUGCAGCUGCCAGUUUAGGACAAGUUUACAAAGCUAAGCUUAAGCAUUCUGGACAAAUUGUUGCUGUCAAGGUCCAACGUCCUGGCAUUGAAGAAGCCAUAGGACUUGACUUUUACCUGAUUAGAGGCCUUGGAAAUUUUGUCAACAAAUAUGUUGACAUUAUCACUAGUGAUGUUGUUGCUCUAAUUGAUGAAUUUGGGCGCAGAGUUUAUCAAGAGCUCAACUAUGUACAGGAGGGACAGAAUGCAAGGAGGUUUAAAAAGUUGUAUGCUGACAGGGAAGAUAUCCUUGUUCCAGAUAUCUAUUGGAAAUAUACUAGUGGCAAAGUCUUGACCAUGGAGUGGGUUGAUGGAGUUAAAUUAAAUGACCAAGAUGCCAUUGAGAGACAAGGUCUAAAGGUUCUGGAUCUUGUGAAUACGGGUAUACAAUGUAGCCUCCGGCAACUGCUUGAAUAUGGAUACUUUCAUGCUGAUCCUCAUCCUGGUAAUCUCUUGGCAACACCUGAGGGAAAGCUUGCUUUUCUUGAUUUUGGAAUGAUGAGUGAAACGCCAGAAGCAGCAAGAUCUGCAAUAAUUGGUCAUGUUGUUCACAUGGUUAAUAGGGAUUAUGAAGCCAUGGCUCGUGAUUACUAUGUUCUAGAUUUCUUGUCUUGUGAUGUAGAUGUGUCUCCAAUUGUACCAGCACUACAGAACUUCUUUGAUGAUGCACUCAAUUACACUGUGAGUGAACUAAACUUCAAAACUCUAGUGGAUGGUCUGGGUGCUGUUUUUUAUCAAUAUCCAUUUAAUGUUCCAGCAUAUUACGCAUUAAUAUUGCGAUCACUUACGGUACUUGAAGGUCUAGCCCUUAAUGCUGAUCCUAAUUUCAAGGUCCUGGCUGCUUCGUAUCCCUAUUUUGCUAAAAGGCUCCUGACGGAUCCAAAUCCAUAUCUAAGAGAUGCUCUUAUUGAGUUGCUUUUCAAGGAUGGAAAGUUUAGAUGGAAUAGACUUGAAAACUUACUUGUUGAAGGAAGAAAAGAUAGAGAUUUCUCUGCAAAAGAUGCUCUACAACCUGUUUUGAAGCUAUUAUUGGCUCCAGAUGGUGAAGAGCUUCGAGUUUUAGUUGUUAAGGAGUCAGUUCGAGUCACUGAAGCUGUUGUUCUAGGCGGCAUUGUUGAUACAUACAAUUCUAUCCCCGACUUUAUGAGAACUCUAAUCGUUAAUGGCAAUGUAAAUGGACUGACAAUGAUGAACGAUACAGAAAUACAAAGCAUGAUAGAGCUUCGGGACAAAAUCCUUAGGAUAUGGGGCCUGUUGCGAUCUUCUGAAGAUUUUGACCCGGCACUUUUGCAACCUAUAUUACAGGUCCUUCAACAGCCUGAGGGACGAAGCCUAGGAGGUCGUGUUAUUGGUGGGAUCACUCAACGUCUUUCUGCCCGGUUAUUACAGCAAGUUCUCCGAACUCCAGUAACAAUUUCUUCUUCAACUUCAUAACCAUUGCUGAUAAUUUUUUUAGUGUGUCAUAUGUACACCUUUGUAUGCUUAAAAGAAGAAAAGGGGGGAAAAAAAAGAGGGGAAAAUUUUGGUAGUUGUAAUACUCCUUACCAUUCUUUGCCUCAUCUGUUGUGAAAGAGAAAAUAGAAACAGAUGUUUCAAAUAUGUACAAGGGAGGAAAUGUGGUGGCAGUUACCAUCGUUAAAUUGAAGGGAAUGAAUGCAGAAGAGCAUUGUAUUUGCUUUGUCAUUA